UGGUCGGUAAAAUGAGUACCCAGCAUAUGCUGGGGGGGGGUAAAGAAAGGCCAGGGACGGAACUGGCAAUCCCACCCCAUAUAUAUGGUCUGCCUAGUAAACUUUGCAAGACGUCACCCUAAGAGUCGGAAACGACUCGCACUACAAGUGCGGGGACACCUUUACCUUUUUAAUAUUCCUGUCUCUACAUCCUCUAUGUAUUCGUUCCACGGGCAGCACUUCGGCAAGUCCGGAUUUACAAAAAGACAAGCAGCAGCAGGCCAGUUUUUGAUCUGGGAAAAGCUUCUGUAAAGCGGGCUACUGGGUAUCAUUCUGAUGGGAGAUAGGAAGAACAUUCGCCUGAUCUUAGCCAUUGGGAGCAAUAGAUGCGAACAUACGAAAGCAAAUAAAUACAUAAAGGGCGGUUAUACAACGGUAUUAUUCCCGGGGCUUUCUGGGAGUUGUAGUUUUACUAGCAAGCCGCGCUCUUUAGCGGCCAAGAUGCCGAGAGCUUGUGUGUUACAAGGUCACAUGGAGCCUGCUCAGGACCUGUGGUAGCGGCUUUUUCGCGUAAAAAUGGCGGGGGCUGCCGAAAGAAAGAAGCAGGUUCGCUUCGCCCGACUGGAAGAGGAGGAAGGAGGAAGAAACGACGAGGAGAAAGAGCUGGUGGUGAUGGCGGCGCCGUCUAAACAGCCACUUCCGAACUCUGCGCGGCUUGUCUUUCAGCCAGUGGUAAUGGUGGCUGAUGGUAGCCGAGGCCGAAGAAGCCGGGCCGGUGGCGGCGCCGGCGUGGGACAGCGGGAGGCCGCUGCGGUGGCGGCUCCUCGGCGCGUUCUGAAAUGGUGCAUUUCGGCAGCUCUUUGCGCCGCUUUCCUGGGCCUGGGUAUGGCCAUUGCUGUCCUGGGGCCCACAUUUCAAGACCUGGCUGCAAAUGUGAACAGAAAUGUCAGUCAAAUUUCUUACAUCUUUGUGGGUCGUUCAUUGGGCUACUUUGGUGGUUCUCUGAUUGGUGGAAUACUUUUUGAUUGCAUGAAUGCCCAACUUCUCUUGGGAUUAUCUAUGCUGGGUACAGCUAUGGGUCUGUAUGUCAUCCCAUGGUGCAAGCAAGCACUCUUGUUAACAUCCAUGAUGUCUGUCAUUGGUUUUGCAAUGGGUGUCCUUGAUACAGGUGGCAAUGUUCUUACCUUGGACACAUGGGAAACAGAAGCUAGUCCACAUAUGCAGGCCUUACACUUCAGUUUUGCCCUGGGUGCUUUUGCAGCUCCCAUCCUGGCCAAGAUGGCAUUAGGUUCCUCUACUAUUGGUCUUCAGGUCCAGCUGGGUAGCAGUGGUGACAAUCAGUCUACUGUGAAUUAUCUUCCUGCUGAUACAUCAGUGCUAAAGCUGCAUUUAAACUUGAACUUUCUGUUGUCUUAUGUUCUUAUAGGUAGUUACCUUUUGCUUGUUGCAUUGUUUUUCCUUCUUUUAUAUUCAAAGAGCAGUCCCGUUCGAGACAAGACAAAGCUUUCCACACAGAAAUACCAGAUUGCUAAAUACCACUGUGCUCUCAUAAGUCUCCUCUCUGUGUUCUUUUUCUGGUAUGUAGGAGCAGAGGUCACCUAUGGCUCUUAUAUUUUUACUUAUGCAAAAGACUAUGUUGCCAUGAAGGAACAUGAAGCAGCAGGGCUGAACUCUCUCUUUUGGGGAACAUUUGCAGCUUGCAGGGGACUGGCAAUCUGUUUUGCUGCCUGCUGUUAUCCUGGAUCUAUGAUCCUUCUGAGUAUAAUCGGCACCACUACGUCAUCACUGUUCCUGGCACUGUUCUAUACACAUCCAAUCUCUCUGUGGCUUGGCUCUGCAGUGUAUGGAGCGUCAAUGGCUACUAUCUUCCCCAGUGGCAUUUCAUGGAUUGAGCAGUAUACAUCCAUCCAAGGGAAAUCUGCGGCCUUGUUUGUAAUGGGGGCAGCUCUGGGGGAAAUGUUUAUUCCUGCCGUGGUUGGCUUCCUUCAAGGACUCUUUCCCACUCUCCCUGUGCUCAUGUAUUCUGCAUUGGGAGCAGCAGUCAUGACAUCAGUGCUGUUCCCUGUGAUGUAUAAAUUAGCUACAUCACCCCGUGAUACUAAGCUGAAGGACACUGGUGAUGGUGAACUCCAGGAAGCUUUAUUGUCUAACUGUCAUCUAGAAGAGGAGGAUGAGGAGGAUUGCAGAGAGUGGAAUGAAGUAGACUUUGAAGUAAUUGAGAUGAAUGACACUCAGAGCAACUUUGUCACAGAAACAUCUAAGAAGAUCUUAGGAGCAUCUACAUCUGCCGAUUUCUAAUAAAAAUGACUAAGGUUUCUUGGUUUAAGAACUAGAGGCUUACCCCUGCUAAAAAGUGGUGGGAAGCUUGCUAAAUCCCAAUUAAAGUUGUUUUAUGUAAAACUGCGUGAGAGAAGGUCCUAAAGAGGAAUGAUGUCGUGGAACCCAUUUAUAUAAGCAUGAUGAUAGUAGGAAAAAAAGGAGAUAAAAUCCAGAAUUUCAGGCAGGACGUUUCCUAAAUUCCAUAUUCUAAUGCAGGGCUGGGGAAGCUUUUUCACUCCAUGGGCCACCCACUUGUCAAUCACAUAAUAUGUUGCAUGAAUGGCAGGUGGACAGAAAUGCUCUCCUGUCAAACUCUCUUGUGUUUUGAAGUCCCCAAGAUCAGGGACAUAAAGGGAAGGUGGGGAGACUUGCAAAAGUGUCUUCCAAUUUGGAGACUUAAAAGGAAAGCAUGGGGAGACUUUGAAGAGGCUUUAAGACAGCUGUUGUGCGCCUAUAUAGUAACUGGGAGUGCAGGAGCUGUCUUAAGCCUCUUUGAAAUAGCUCCUGUACGUGAGCUGCUUUCAAGGGCACUUUUGCACAGGGGUUUAAUCCUCACUUAGCUGGUGAGCCAGGGAUUAAGUCCUGCUGCCUUGACUGUGCAAUCUUGUUCCCUACUAGGAACAGGAUCACUCAGCUAAUGCAGGAUUAAACCCUGUCCUCCCACCCAUCAACUGACACCACUAGUGACAUCAGCUGGUGGGUGGUGUGGUUUGGAGAAAAUGGCCUCGGGGGCCAAAUGGGUCACCCAGAAGGUUCAUGCUUGGUGCAGAGGCUUGCCAUCCCUAUUCUAAUAGUUCGCUAGAGAGAUGGGGAGCUUAAAUGUAGGAGGCUUACCAUAAUAAAACGUCUUUGAUUCACAUUGAUUUGUGUGUUAAAAUCAUUGUAAAUCAUCCUUGACUGAAAGAGAUUACAUUUGACUUAAACCAUAGUGUGGUAGUUAAUAAGCAAUUUGUGCAUUGGGAAUUAAAGUAACUUUUGAAAGCAGCAAGGCUAGUUCUUAUCUCUCUUUGUUAUCACUUGUGGUCCUAAGAUCUUAACGCCAGCAUUUACUUUAAUAACCUAGAUAUAUAUUAAAAAUCUGAAAAAUGUUCUUUUGCAGCUUUUGCAAACUGCACCUGUAUUAUCCCUGAAAAGCAAAAGUAUCACCAUACUAUGAAAAUGUUUACAUCUUACCAUAUUAUUUACAUACAACAUGGUUGAUUGUAAUCAAUGGCGAUAGAGCUGCUUCAAGUGUGACUUGUGAAGUUUUAUUGUUUUCAGUAAGGGCCGGUGCCAAAGAGUGGCCAGGUUGGGCCCUGCGGCCCAAAUGGCCUCCUGAAGGGUCCCUUGUUAGGGUGGGAGAGUAGCUCUCCCUUCUGCAAUCUGCAGCAGGGUCCCUGUGGCGGAUCGCAGGGUGGGAGCUUCCAGGCCACUUGCCCGUUCUCUCACCUGUCUUCUGCUGCUGCGUGUGCUGUGCUUGCAGGGCUGCCAUCAAUCAAGAUAGCAGCGGAGUCUUCUUUAAGGGGCUCAUGCCCCUACCGCCAUCUUGGUUGAUGGCAGGCAUGUGCGUGCAUGUCGAGUACCACGCAUGUGUGUCAUCAACCAAGAUAGCAGGGGCAUUAGCCCCUUAGAGAAGCCUCUGCCGCCAUCUUGGUUGAUGGUAACCCUGCAUGUGCAGCAGCAGCAGAUAGGAGAGAAGUAGGUAGAACAGGCAGGAGCCAUGCGCCCGGGGCAGGCUGGUGCCCAAGGGCCCAGUCAUGGCAGCCGCCAGCCCUGUUUUCAGUGCUUCAUUGGUACUUUCCCUGAUAGCAAAUGAAAACCCAAGUAUAUCGAUUCCCCUUUAAGUAUGGUAAACCCUAGCCAUCCUAUUUCUACUAACAGAAGGUAAGGUCAUAUAAUUUUAUUGAAAAGCACAUUAUGACAACAAUUUGCUAGGUUGCAGUAGAAGGGAAAUGUCAUUUAUAUUGCUGUGGGACAACCAACGGCAUUUUAAUGGCAUUUCAUCCACAACCUUAUUCCCAGUAAUGCUACUCGGUAGAGGUGUUCUUACUAGAACAUGCAGAAUGCGAUUUAAAAAAAAUAACUGCAAGCAGCACUAGGAGAUAAGCACAAAUACAUGAUAGUACUCAAAAGUAUGUGAAAGUUAUGAUGGUAUUCCACCUUUGAUAGUAAAUGCUGUAAUCUAAGGCUUUUCACAAACUUAAUUUGCACAUUUUGGAAAACAGGGUUUUCUAAAGGAACACACUUUGUAUAUAGAUGAGUACAUAAUGCCACAGUCAUGAUUCAUGAAGAAAUAUGCAGUUUAAAGAUUUGCUUGGCAGUAUUUUGUGAAAUGAAAACAUUUGCUGCAGCAGAGUUUUGGACUGGUGCAGAUAUCAUGGCUGAGGAAACAAGUGAGGUUUAGGAGUGCUCUUCAACGAGGGUUGGCAAAGGUGAUUUGUAAUAUCAAAUUGUAGUAGGGAAGAGAAGGAGAAUUUUAUACGGGAAGGUAAGGGCAUGGAAGGGAGUGUACGAUCCCAUCUUUUUGAUUGCAAAGCCAUAGACACUAUAAUCUACUGUAGCAUGAAAUAUGUAUAGAAGGGUGAAUCCAUGCCUCACGGGCAAGUUCAUCAUACUAGAGUGUUCCUCUCUUCUCCCCUUCAAGUAUAGGAUUGCAUGUUAUUGUAUAGACUGUCUCUUUGUAGAUCUGUUUUGCUAUAAUUUCUGUAAUUGAAGGGGCAUUAUUUGUGACUUCAUAGUUGGCAAGAUUCUCUGGUACUUGGUUUGGAAUUGUAGGUGGAAUUUUGGAAUGCUGAAGCUGGAAAACUAGCAUUGUUUAUGGCUAUAGAUAAAUCAUUUUCAUUUUACAAUGACUUAAGAAGCUACCUCAAAGGAAUGGUUUUAAUAUUAAAAGAUGACAAAAUUACGGUUUUUGAAAAGCAAAGCAUUAAUAAGCAGCAAGUUGUCAGACUGAUAAUGUAUACUACUAAUUCACAAUUAAAAAUCUGACAAAUAUAAAAGCUAGAGUUAAUUGUCUCCUUCAACUGCUUGAAGGAUGUAUGUCCAGUUUAUAGAUGCAUAUAAGAACUAGUAUCCAAAGUGCUACUUUAGGCAUGCAGAAAGGCUUGAAUAUGCCCAGUGGAAUAUUUUUCUCCUUAUGAAUGGCAUUCCUCAGUGCCAUGUUAUAAAUUCUGUUUCAGAAGAGGUUUACCAUGCAAUGAGGAGGUGCUGUCGCAGAAUUGCAAUGCCAAAAUUUCUUUGGGUUCAGGUCAAAUUUGGCAUGUUGAUUGGUAGCAUUUUAAUUGAGAGGAUCAGCUGCUGACGGUUAGGGGUAAAAUCAAACCAAGAGCAUUGCAAAAGUUUCUGUUGCUGCCGACUAGUUAACAAUUCUAUGCUGAGGGUUGUGGGUGUUGGGUAUUGUAUGGUUAUUUUAAGGAUUCUCAUUCUUGGGUUUCUAAGUGUAAAUACUGCAACUGUAAAUUCAGUAUUUACUUGAGGAAUCACAUCCCUUUCCCUAAUACAGAUGUAUUCCUGAUAUUUGUGAUUUUGUUUUGUAUGAAACUAGCAUUAUGGAAUAGCUCAGUCCUGCACUUUAAUUUGCACCUUUUGAUAACUUGUUAUAACUCUCAUCAAUGUGAUAUUUGCCUUAAAUGUUGUGUAGCUCCUUUUUCUCGAGUGUGUGUUUAUUGGCAAGGUAAUUUUGUAAUGUAAAUGCAGCUAAGGGGUUGGUUCGUUGUUUACACAGAGGUAUUGGGAAAUGUAUUUCUUCAAUUAAAAAAUAUUUCUUCAAAGAGA